CAUUUCUCCACUAGGAAAAAAAAAUGGCUGCUGUGUAGUCGACGCGAAGUGUGUAAUUGCGCCGUUUCAUUUCUGAUUUGUUUCUGUGGCGAGUAUUUAUUUUAAUCGUUACCACAUAGAGACCACAAUGAAUACCUCAAAGUCGAGCAGGAACGCAUGAACUCUGAUGGGUGGAGCUAGUGCUUACGCUUAAAACAUAUCGGCAAACAAAAGUACUGCCUUCUGCUCCACUGCCCGUUUGAAUUACCGUAAAUUCCUAUCCGAAGGGGAAAAGAAAGUCUUCCCCAUAUGUGACCGACGCCGAAAAGGCCCAGCAGAAGAUGCCAAACUGGUAUUACAGCAAGAAGGCUCUCCGGAAGACACCCUCCUACCUCGAUGGCAUCUCUGUGGAGAAGGAGCAGAGGUACCGGCGGGAGGGUGCGAGAUUCAUCAUCAACGUCGGCACCAAGAUGGGACUUCGCUAUGACACCAUGGCUACAGGCGUGGUGUACUUCCACCGCUUCUACAUGUUCCACUCCUUCAAGACAUUCCCCAGAUUUAUCACGGCCUGCUGCUGCCUCUUCCUGGCGGGCAAGGUGGAGGAGACGCCCAAAAAGUGCAAGGACAUCAUCAAGACGGCGCGCUCUUUCCUUACCGAUAAGCAGUAUCUGUCCUUUGGAGAAGACCCUAAGGAAGAAGUCAUGACCAUGGAGCGAAUUUUGCUGCAGACAAUAAAGUUUGACCUCCAGGUCAGUCAUCCCUACGGGUUUCUUCUCAAGUAUGCCAAGUGUCUCAAAGGUGACAAGUCAAAGCUUCAGAAGAUGGUGCAGAUGGCCUGGACAUUCAUCAAUGACAGUCUGUGCACGACGCUGUGCCUUCAGUGGGAGCCCGAGGUGGUCGCAAUUGCCCUCGUCUACCUGGCGGGCAAGCUCUCCAAGUUCGAGGUCACCGACUGGGUAGGGCGCACGUCGCGGCACCAACGCUGGUGGGAGGUUUACGUCGAGGACAUCACCGUCGAGCUGCUCGAAGACAUCUGCCACCAGGUGCUGGACCUGUACUCGACGCCCAUCCCCAACACGCCGCAGGACUCUCCGCCGGACUCGCCCGUGCUGCCCCUAAAGUCCGGCAAGCGCUCGUUGCCCUCUUCCCCGCCCAAGUCUCCCAUCGUGCUGCCGCCCGCCCAGCAGCUGGCGCCACAGCUUCAGCAACCGCCGCCAGACCUGGCGGUGGUGGUGCCUGUCACACUAGCAGUGCCGUCAACGUCGUCCGCGCCGCCACCCGCCGCACCCCCCAUGGCAGGAAUGCCCAUUCCCACCAUUGACAGCAGCGCCUCCAAGCCCAUGACUGUGGACGUCGGGCAGCCGCCCCCCAUGCACCACGAGCUGCCGCCCCCCAUUGGUGACAAAGUGCCACCCCCCGAGGCAGCCUACAGGGGCGGCUACCCGCCGCCGGCCCCGCUGCCCCACAGUUAUGGCAUCCCGCCUCCGCCGCCGCCGCUGCCGCCAACGAGCCAUCCGCCGCCCACUCACAUCCCGCCGCCGCCGCCGCCCACGAGCCAGCCGCCGCCUUACUACCACCACAGGCCAUUACCCGACCAGCCGCCACCCCAUCCGCCCCCGUCGUACGCGGGUGCCCCACCUCCGCCUCCGUACCACCACCACGCGGGCCCGCCACCUCCGCCACCCCCGACCUCGCUUCCUCCGUACACGGGGGCGGGGCCUGUGAUGUCGUACCCGCCCCCUCCACCACCCGGCGGGUACCUGGCCCCACCUCCACCGAGGCAGCAGAACCCGACAGGCGUGCCAUCGGUCAGGAUCACGCGCAUCACCAACUGAGCCUCUCUUGGUGCCAAGUGUGGGUUGAGUGUCCCCUCCCUACCCCACAACUCCUGUUUUUGGAUGGGGGUGCCUCUUCGCUGGCUUGCCCGCAAGGCUCGGGAACAGUGCCCCAUUCUGUUGCUGUUGCCCUUUUGAGUUGCCAUUCAUUGACUUUUGUUAACUUGCGUAGCUUCUACGAGACAAUCCAAUGAGUAGCAGGCAGGAUCAGUUACAGGGAGAGAUGCCACAUUCAAAAUGCGGCAGAGCAGUCAUCCCGAGGCGACUUAGACACAGCGGAGCUCUUACUGGUGCACAGUUUCUAAGCGGUGUCUCUGCUUGGUAUCUUGUGUUUCUGUAGUUACUCAUUUUGUUGUUCAUGUACACGUAUGUCUGAGUUGUGUGCUCUCUCAGGACACAUAUGGCAUGUUCACGAUGCGCUCGUGUUUGCUCAGCCAAAGACAUUGAUCACAAUGUUGUAUGCCUCCAAGAAAGUAAAGUUUAGCAGUGCAGACAAGUCACAAGGUUAAAAAUGUGUAUACUUACAUCAUUAGUAGGAAGCACUGUUGCGGCCCAUUCUGGCUUCUCCAGCAAUUUCCGAACGAAUGCAAUGUUAAGCCCUGCUCCCAGUAUACCUAUGUCCUCAGGACAUAUAGUUUAGAGACCUUCACCAUCAUUUGAGUCGCAUUGCAUCAUAGCAUGCAGUCAUCACAUUAUCACACCCUUCGAUUGCAAGUGGUACAAAAUGCGCGAAACGUCACAUCCGUGUUGCGCAAAUGUGCAUGAGUAUUGUUGCCCACACCAACAGGUGUGGCGCACGUUAAGCUGGGCAUUUGUAAACUUGUGCAUUUGCAUGUUGUCAUGCCGAGUGGCAAGUAUCAAGAUACUUCCAGUGUGAACCAUUUGUUGUGUUUCAACCUGUACGUGUUAAAUGAAGAGUGAAUUUCUCUGGUCUUUUGUUUUUCAUAACAGCAGGGCUGCGAGAAAAGCAGCAGCCCAGCCUGAAAGGCCACUGUAUUUUCAGUUAUCGUGCAUUUUUUUGACGUAGAACUUGAAUUGGCAUUGACUUGAGAAGUGAGGGCUGAUCAUUCUGUUUGUUAAUUUUUCUAUUUUAGUGCUUGCUUCAUUCUGCAGUGUGGAGAAGUCAUUUUUGUUUGAACUGAGAAUAAAUGCAGCAGAAUUCCCAAUGG